UAUGUUUUUCGCCAAUGUGAAAAUUAUCGCCCUGGGUAGUUAGAAGGAAAAUUUCGGCACAAAUCCGAACCACGUCCGGAACAGCCUGACCAACUGCGGCAUCCUGGUCCCGGUUCGGCAAGGAGUACGAAACGGACAGAAACAUUACGCACAACGAGCGGCGCGAUUUCUUCGCGGAUCUGGAGAAAGGUGGCCUUGCAACGUACCGCGCAGCGAUCGUCCUGAAUGAACAUCUCGCCGUACUCGCACCUGGAGGAAUUUAUGCUGUACGCGCAUAAGUCGGACCUGUGCCACGAGCUGGAACUUCGCCACGCUUUGGCCAACUGCUUUGAAGCUCUGAUUGGCGCACUCCUGCUAGACGGUGGCAUCGAGUCUUUGCGUACGCGCUCUUCCAGGAGGACGAAUGUCUGAGCAAGAUGGAUUAAUUAUCCGCCGCAUCCGCUGCAGGAGCAGGAACCGCUCGGCGAUCGGCACCACAUCGAGUCGUUCGAGAUGCUGAGAACGAGGCGGAUAUGGGACUGGAGGCGAUUUCGUAAUCGGAAGAGAAUUUUG